AUGAGGCCUGAUGAUAUGAUUGAUCAAGAAGUUACAGGCUUCGAUGAUGGUGAGGUGUUGCAACGUGUGCACAAUGUUGAUCAAAUGGUGCGGGAUGUUGAGUUUCAAGGAGUGUACACAACUUUUGAAUUAGCGAGGCUGAAGCAGUUCAUUGAAGAUUCAAAGAAACCCCUCUAUCCUGGUUGCCAGAAGUACUCUCGCCUUUCUGGUGAUCUAAAACUUCUGCAGCUUAAGGCAGAUCAUGACCUUGACAAGUGCCCCAAGUGUGGGUGUGAUCGGUACAAGAGGAAAAAAGAUGGUGGAGAUGAUAAUGCUGAUGACGGGAAUGUGCCCGUGGAGAUUAGAGGCAAGAAGAAGAAACCUUCGCAACCUGGCGACCGUAUUGAUGUCUACAUGAGGCCACUAGUUGAUGACUUGAAGACACUUUGGAAGCCUGGUGUGAAGGAGGUUUGGGAUGAGUUCGGGCGUGAGGAGUUCACAUUGCACGCCAUGUUGUUCACCACCAUCAACGACAACCCGGCUCAUCGCAACCUCUCCGGCCAGAGUAAAAGGAAAGGUGUAGCUUGCCCACACUGCUUGGAAGAAACUUGCUCAUUGUGGCUAAGAAAUUCAAAGAAAUUCGCAUUUAUGGGGCACCGUCGUUUCCUCAGCAAGAAACAUCCCUACCGGGACAUGGAUUGUCAGUUUAAUGGGGAAAAGGAGAAUCGAGUGGCGCCUCUGCAUGUGACUGGAGAUCUAGUCCUCUUGCAAGUCAAGAACAUCAAAUCUAUCGAGGAGUUACCCAAAAUGACUGAAAAAAUCCUUGGCAAAGGAAAGAAACGAGAUGGUGAAGAAGAAGAAGAAGAUGGGAAAGGAAUUUGGAACAAGAAAACAAUUCUAUGGGAGCUAGAGUAUUGGGAGCUAUUGGAUGUGCGUCAUUCGAUUGACAACAUGCACAUCAAGAAGAACGUGUGUGAAAGCAUUUGUGAAACAUUGCUGCAACAGAAGUUCAAAGGAAAAGAUCAUAAAAAUGCAAGGGAGGAUCUUAAAGAUAUGGGCAUUAGGCCGGAGCUCUAUGCAGAGGAAACAGACACGGGGACGGACCUUCCCAUCGCUGCAACCACCUUGUCAAAGACAGAGAGAAAAGAAUUCUGUGAGUUUUUGCAUGGUUUGAAAGUACCUUCAAGCUACUCAUCGAACUUCAAGAGGCUAGUGUCGGUGAAGGACAUGAAAAUGAAUUUCAACUUGAUGAAAUCUCAUGAUUGCCAUGUGUUGAUGACAACUCUUUUUCCUGUUGCACUUAGAGGUAUCAAGACAGUACAGGUUCGCGAUGCGGUCACGAGCUUGUGUUUAUUCUUCAAUGCAAUAGAACAGAAGGUGAUUGAUGAGGAAGAACUAUUGAAGUUAGAGAGGAGGCAUUUCGAGACCCUAUGCAUGCUUGAAGCUACCUUCCCACCAACAUUCUUUGAUCUCAUGAUCCAUCUAACAACACACCUCGUGAGGGAGAUCUGGUUCCUUGGCCCAUCUUACCUUCAUCAGAUGUUUCCAUAUGAGAGGUACUUUGGAUUACUCAAAUCAUUGGUACAUAACCGGUCAUUUCCGGAGGGAGCCAUGGUUCGUGGCUAUGGGACCAUCGAAGCAGUGGAGUGGGCCAUGGGUUAUAUGGACCCCCAAAACCCCAUUGGUGUGCCUCAUUCACGGCAUGAAGGUAGGCUUGCAGGUGUUGGGACCAUGGGGAAAAAGUCAAUCACUCUGGAUCUAGAUGCCUUCAACAAGGCUUAUUUCACCGUGAUACAACAUAUUGACCUGAUUACACCAUUUGCCAACGAGCACAACCAACAACUACAUGAAGAAAACCCUGCCCGUAGUGAGGCUUGGGUUGCAAAGAAGCACAUGCAAUGCUUCGGCUGGUGGCUCCGAGAUUAUGUCCAGAGAUGCAGCGUAGCUGAAACUGACAAUCUGAUAACAAAACUAGUAGUGGGGCCAUUAUUCACUGUUACAACAUACCAAGCAAUGGAUAUCAAUGGAUAG